AGCGUGCGGCGUGGCACGCCGCGCUUCUGUUCCGACUUCACCGCCGGCGCCUCUGCUAUCGCUGCCGUGGCAGAGCAUCCGCACAGGGACCGCACGCGCUCCGCUUUAGUUCUCCUCCACCUGUCCGCCGCGUCGAAAUACUCGACGUUUUCGAGUAUUUCGAGAACACGCGGUGGUUGUGUCCACCUCGACCGCGGCGGCGCCUCCGCGUUUCUCUCCGUCGUCCCGCGUUCCCCUUCAGUGAUCGUCUUUUUUCGUUCAUCCCCUAACGUGCUGAACCGUCAGCUUAAAGAGGCAAGAAAAAACCAAACCAGAGACACCAAAGAGUUCAUUAAGAAUUUCUCCGAGUACCGAGGAAUCUAAAGAAACUGUCUUUAGAUCAAAGGAAAAAACAGACUCUGGCUUUUAAGUUGAAGAUCGAAGCCCUUAGACACCGGAGAUCGAACUUCGAGGAAGCAAUUUCGAGGACAAGAUCAGCUCUCGAAGUUCCCUGCUGGUCUGGCUCGUCAGGCUGGAGAACGGGAGCAGAGGAGCUGCAGGGUGGAGAUUGCUGAUAAUUCGAGGCCGGCGAUGCCAGGAAAAUUGAGAGAUACGAGGAGAGGGAGGUGGAUCGGAGUUUGAGGCUGCCGGAGGUAGUCACGUGGCUCGUUAGAAGGAUCGCGCGGCUCGACGGUGGUUCAGAGAAAUCGGGAAACAGGUUGUUCGGAAAAAGUGGCCGGGGUAGCGACCGGUUCGAGGACGCGAUGAACGCGAACGUGGUGGACGGUUGUGAGCGUGUGCUCGCGGAAAUUUGCCGGGGAGGAUCUAGAACCGUGUAAUUCCGAAACUAAUUGGUUCCCCGAUGAUCGCCGGGGAAAUUGCGGUGGAUGCGAGUCAACGGGCUGAUACAGUGUUAAAACGAAGUCAAUUCGAAAGAGAACUUUGUUUCUUCCUUCGUUUCUCGAACUGGAUUCAUCGAGUCAGUUUAUUUAGGAAUGGGAUGCUUAACGUGUUAACCGUGAGUGACGAGUUAAUUCGUCAUUAGGAAAGCGCUACGAGCAUUAAGAAUUAGUGUGUCUUUGGAAAAGACUUCGCUGUAGGUAAAACGAGUUAAUUCAUCACCGAAUGACGGAUAAUGAAUAAGACGAGUUAACUCUUCGUUGAGAGGUAUAUAUUACUGUGAUGAUUUUAACGAGUUAAUUGCAUACUAAUAAACGUGUCUGUAGUGGAAGAUGUUACGUUGAUUACAGUAAUAUUUACUAAUGACGAGUUAAUUCGUCACUGCGGAAACAGUAAUUAAGACAAAUCGACUUGUUAUGAACAUUCAAUACGUUUGAGAAUUACACAAGUGACGUUUGUUCUAGAUUUAAUAAAUUCUAGUUCUUAUUUUACAAUUAACAUUCCUUCGAGGAAUUUAUGUUCUAUUCCCGUACAGUAUUUCUCAAUUGUUGCUAUACCAUUUUUUUCCGAAGAUUUGCCCUAUUUUCUUCACAAAAUAUUUUCUUUCGGAUUUACAAGCUCUAUGUAUUGUUACAAUUAAUAUUCUUCUGGCUUAUGUUCUGUUUCUAUAUAGUAGAUUCUUAAAUGUUCAUUAAAUCGUAAUUUGAAGUUAGGGCUGCGGCCCACGAAGUGUUUUGCGAAAGGAAUUCGUCGUCGAUCGGUAGAAAUGAGAGGGCGAACGUGCGCUCGUUCACACGGACAACGUAUGUGUGUUCGAUCGCGUACGCUCGACGCGAAGUACGCGCGUUAACGCAUCGUGUGUACUUAAUCACAGACGAGCGUGUUCAUUCGUGUUACGUACGCUCGUCUAAUCAAAGCGGCGUGUACCACCCCCAUCGUUAUCACUAAUGACCGUCGUCUUGGGUCAAGUUCGACAUUCAUUAUAAACGACGAAGGCUUCGUUGGCACGAGAUCGAAACCAACACGCGUUCCGAUCACAAUUCCUUUGACCCGCCCUUUUCUUUUUCAUAGAAUAAUUAUUAUAAUCAUUGCUUAAUGCAAUUCUUCAUCUAUAAUAAUAAUUACCUAUUAACUAUUUCAUAUUCUUAGUGAUUCUUUUGCUUUUUGGAAUUAUAGAUAACAGUAUUCUAUUUUUUAAAUUAUUUAAAUUAUUAAUUAGAAUAUAAGGACACUUGUUUAAAGGCCAUUAUUUAUAGACCAUCAAUCUUCUAAACGGUACUAAGCAUUUAAAGCAAUCUGGAAUUGAGAUAUUUGAAUUGUACUUAUGUAUCAUUUUAUUCGAAUCGAAUUGAACGUUCAAAAUGGUGUUUAAUGUCGACAGAUUCGUUUAUGUUCCUUUUUUACGACGCGAUCCUGUAUAUUGGUAAAUCGAGUGCAUCCCCAGCGAUUCUAUUUCGCGGAAAAAGAUCACGAGGAACUGCUGAGCAACUAGCAACGCGGCCAAAGAUCACUGUCGAAGAAAGGAACGAUGGUCCGGGACCCUGAAGCUUAUUGAAAUGUAACGAUCUAUCCAUCGGACAAAUAAACGGCCGUCGGUGGCGUCCGAUCCGGUUGUUUGCCAAUGGGAAUUAUCUUGGCGUCGCGAAUCCGAUUUCUUUCUGCGGAUCCCCUUCGGGCUUGCACUCCGUCCUCACCUCAUGUAAAAAUACACAGCCGCUGACGAAAUAUGUUUACGAUCGGUGAUUUAUAUCCGCCAGGUCAGCGACGCGAUCGCAUUCUCCGUUGCGAGUCUCGUAUUUAAUUUUUUUCAAAACGACUCUUAGCGGAGAACAAAAAUUGGAAAAGUUUUACUGAUUUAUUAACUGUUUGUUUGUUGAAAAUUGAUUGGGAGUUUAGACUUGGAUUAAUUGCUCUGUUUUUAAAAAUAAAGUUGACCUCUUUCUAUUGAGAGCUAAAGUUCUCAAUUUAAAAAUUGAAAAUUGAGGUUAUACGUAUCGAUUGUAUGUAUAUUAACCUGAAUUCAACAAAUAAUCUUCGAAUUUUAGAGCCGUGCGCGUUUUCACUAAUACAUUUCUGGAAACUAAGGACGAUUGUAGAUUCCGGGGAUCGCUCGUUAGAUUUGAGAACAAAGGUUAACAUCCGUCGGAGAGUGUUUGGUUCUUUGUUCUAAAAUUGAAUUAUUAUUGUAGAAGGUUAUUAGUUAGUAAUACCGGCGAUCGGUAAUUAAUUGAUUUUACCGUUACCGUGUGCAUCGGUGAACCAUGCGGGAUUUAACGAUCGAGAUCAUCUUGCCAAAGGAGUUCUGCCAUUAAAAUAUGAUUUAACCCGUAAAGUAAAAUGGCGGACUGAUCUGUAUACUUUGAAACAAACCGCGGGGAAUACUACCGAUAAUAAAUCGCGGCUUCUGUUGCUCUAGCCGAGUGUUGUUUCAGAAAAUAAACUAUCCUUUAUAUCAACGGCUAGAAGACUUGGGUAACAAUCACUCCGAAACAGUGAUCGUUCCACGACCCUGUCGGUCCUCGCGCCAUACCUACUCGAUUCGACAAAGAUUUACCCGUGUUAGGGAUUACCACGUUCACUGCUGUUGGCCCUGAUCGCUAUUGCUCUACUUUAUCUUUACCUUAUCCAUUAAAUUACGACAAACAAACAGAUGUAUCUUUUAUGAUAUUGUAACACAGAAAUGCAUCAUUUCUGCCAUUAUAAUUCUUAGCGAAUGUCAGAGCCUCAGAUCUAACUUGUUGCUAAUUCAUUUUCAUUUUAACGUAUUCUAUCGUGAUUUAAAUAUCUCAAUUAUAAUGCUUGCUUAUCUAUUUUAAUUAAUUACAUUUAAUCAUAAUUUAAUUAUUCGAAUAACAAAAGACCAAUCUGUGCUGUUCCUUUUGUUUAGUAUUUCAGUAUUCGAUACGUAUCUUAGCUUCUUUACGUUGAAGUUUCUUAAUUUUUUAAAAAAUCUUCAAAAAGUUAGUACACUCUUCCACAUAAAUAAAAGGUUGCUAUAUCACGCUGUAGAUAAUGAACGUUUUUUAAUGGAUAGAUAACAAAUGUCGUAUAAAUCUAAGAGCAACUCGUAUCGGCAUCUGGCAUCCAUAUUCUGUUUCACAUCGACAGCGGGCGUGUUGAUUCUUGGACGGCGCGGAAAGAUGCCCGCGAAUAAACGAUUCGCGGUUGUUGCGCGACGAUAGUCGAGCCGUGAAACGACAACGCAGCUCUGCGCCGCGCCGGCUUCUAAACCGGGCAAGAUUUAUCGGGUAGUUUGCCAGUUCGGGUCCACCGGCCGGCUGUUUAUAAUUGGACUCGACCGGGAAACACUGCACGCAUGAAUAUCGAUUCUUUGAAACCGCAUCUCCGCUGCUUCAGUUACUUUAAGCCUUGACUCUUCUUCCUUCGCACAUGAAUUUACAUUUUUCUUUUUUAAAACUUUAGAGAAGUUUGUAGUUCAAUCGAUCCUUUUCCAAAUCGCUGGAUACGCUCCACCCUGUUUGAUUGAUGAUACUUUUCCUCGGAUAAGCGACAUUGCUUUCUCCAUCUUCGGUCAGAUUUUUAAACAGCUUUCUAGUAACAGUUCUUCUGAAUUGUUUGAUAAUUUUUCCAUCUGAUACAAUACAUUGUCCUCAUUCGAUAAAUUUUCAAUAUUGUAAUAAUUGUUUUAGGAGCUAAAAACCUCCCUAGGAACUUCUAAACAAUUCUCCUUCAAAGUGCCAAAGAAACAAUUCGAUACUAUUAACAACAAUAACAAAACACAAUAAAGUGCACAAAUAGAGCCCAUACUCGGUCCAAUCAAUCGCAGCGUAGCACGAGAUAAGAGCGAGCGGAUCAUUCGCGACGCGCUAGUUCGGACACAGUGAUCCCCCAAAAAAUGCCUUCGUUAUGACGUCGGCGCACCGCAGCCCGCAGUGAGAGGAAAAAAGGGAGUAGCUCCGAUAAAUCCGAUUCGCGAGAAGACAACUCGCCUCGGUCAGCGAUGCUGAAGAAUUCGACGACGAGGCAGCAGCAGCAGCAGCAGCAUGGUGACGGGGGUGGCGGCAACGCAGAGGUUCCUUCGUCCGGGAACUCUGGACCCGGUAGCCCAACCAUAAUCGACCAGAAGCCGAGGAAGAAGCUAUCCUUUAAAGAGCCUGAAAUCCUGAACUACCUGAGAUCGAAGAAGCCGUUCGCGAAGCCGAAACCAAAAGCGAAAUCAAAACCGCCGCCCCUGCAGCUGCUGGCCCAACGGGGCCCGAACGACUUUAGCUUUGAUGAGAACCCCUUCGAGGAGGAGAACGAUGACCUCGAGGAGCUCGAGAGCCAAGCGAUGAGGGUGGUCAGGACGGUAGGACAGGCGUUCGAGGUGUGCCAUAAAUUAAGUAUAAACAACGCGACGGAGGACCGCGACAGAGGAGAGAAGGAGAGGGAAAGGGACCACGGGGAGAAUCACCGUGACGUUUACGAGGACCAAGACGAAAUACCGAACGAGCAGUCGCAGCCGUCGCCGUCUUCUGUGCACAAAGAUAUAUCGCUGUUAGGGGACCCGGAGGACUCCGUGCCGGAAAAGACGGCCGUACCUUGUCUUCUCAGGUCGCACGAGGUCCCAGCUACCACAGCGUCUACCUCGCCCGUUAGACAAUCGCCAUCGGGCACGGUAACCUCCGACUGCGGAGGAUUACUUGUUGGGGGCGAAUUAACCGCUCUGAAGCACGAGAUCCAACUGCUGCGCGAACGGUUGGAGCAACAGAGCCAACAAACCAGAGCCGCCGUUGCCCAUGCGCGAUUGCUCCAGGAUCAGCUUGCAGCUGAAACAGCAGCCCGUGUCGAAGCUCAAGCAAGAACACAUCAGUUGUUGGUGCAAAACAAAGAGUUAUUGGAGCACAUAGGCGCGCUGGUCGGCCACCUUCGGGAACAGGAGCGUAUCUCCAGCGGUCACGUCACCUCGCAAUCGCAGAUGCCCGGUACAACGACGAUACAACAAACAACCACGGUUCCUGACUUGUCGAACCUCGGCCAGUGCCAACGGACAGGAGGACAAAGCUCACCCUGGGAAUUGGACCCACCGUCUCCCUACUGUUCUUAUCCACCGGAGUCUUUGUACUCCGGAAAUCUGAAUACACUAGGGAUUCAAGCCAACAGUAGCACAACUGAUCAACUGCAGUUUCAAACGCAGCUGUUAGAGAGAUUGCAUAACAUAAGUCCAUAUCAGCCACAAAGGUCACCAUACAAUACACCAUCUCCAUAUGCAAUGGGUGCUAGUCUUCUUCUACCUCCCAACAGUAGACCGUCUAACUCAGCUCAGCUAUCUCCAUGCUCCAUGUCUCUACGAGUCUCUCAACCAAAUAGCUUCUCAUCGUCGCCAAUAAUGACACACAAGCCAGAUAAUUAUGGAAUGAAUCUGGAGGCUCAAGAAUCAAAGUCAACGUUCAUAAAACCGUUGCCCUGUACCGGCGACAGGACUGCUGUCCAUUUAGCCCAGGAAUUAUUGAGUAAACAGGAUCGACUCAAUGUGCAUGAUGAAAUACCACCAAUCGUGCUGGAUCCUCCGCCUCAGGGUAAACGUUCAGAUACUGCGGACAAGCAGACAUCGGCAAAAGAGAACUCAAUUAAUCAAUCAACGAAUAAUAAGAACCCUCAGAACCAGAGGAACCUGGCAACCAUAUUAAGGACACCUGGACCACCACCAUCGCGCACUACCAGCGCACGUUUACCCUCCAGAAGUGACCUAAUGUCUGAAGUGCAAAGGACCACCUGGGCACGACACACGACUAAGUGAAGAACUCUUUUCCAAAAAUAGCCCUUAAUCGGUUAACCUCUUAAGGGUCAGUCUCGGGUAUCAGUCUAGCAUGGAUAAUUUUUAAUUUUGGAAAAAACUUGAAUUUCAAUUAUAAAAAAUUCACUGAUUUUAAAUUGAAACAGAAAUCAAGCCUUAAGAGGUUAAAGAAAAUAUCUACAUAUCAUUUCUCGGGUAGAACAAUGUAGAGAGAAACUUUUUUCUUAGAAUUUUGAGAGAUUUUCUGAAGUUCUUUUUUUUCUGGACCAAUACACUUUCUGAAUUUAUCAUGUUGAAGUUAUUGCACAAUUCCAAUGACUUUGCAUCACAAAUAAUCGAAUUUGGAUUACUAGCAGUGGUGCUUAUAAUAUUGAAGUUUGGAAGAUUAGGAAACUUCAUUCUCGAGUAACUUGGAUGGAUUUUAACUGACAAUGAGUGUUUAUGAAAUUUAUAUUAAACUAAUAUUAAAUUCUUAUCUGUUGUUCUACCUGAGUGCGUAUAUUAUUAAAAGUUAGAACUGGUUAAUAUAAUUAUUGUGCAUAAACACAGUACGGUGUUUAUAUUAGGAUUUGGAAUGUUAGUUUUUGAUAUAGCAGGGGAAAUAUUGAUUUCAAAGUUUCAUUUAUAAUUGUUUCUUUAUUCUCUAACGUUUCCAUUGGUAUGCGUUUUACAAUGACGCCCAUCACGCAGCAUUUACAGCAAUCCUACAGUUACCAUAGACUUUAUUUAGUUUGUGAAACAGAAAAAUAGAAAAUUAUUGAUUAAAGAACCACGAACAAGACUGGGAAAAGAAAACCGAUGUUAAUAGAACGGUAAAACGCAAAUAUAACGCGAACUAGUGAUUUCUUUACACUGUCAAAGUCUGUGCCAAAGUGUGUAGGGUUCCGGGGAAAAUUUAUUUUCAACUAGAGUGAAUGAAAACGUUUGUGAUCAACGUAUGGUAAUUGAAUGUACAUACGUGAAUCGUCAUUCUUGUACAUAUUUUGCUAAAUGUCAAGCGUUUUACAUAAGACACAUUAUGUCGAGAAAUGAAAAAAUACACUGGAUUUAGAUUAAUAUCUCUCUAGGACACAAACACAUUGUAUUUACAAAAAAAAUGCACUUUUGUAACAUACAUAAUUUCAACGUGGCACUUAAAGAUUCAUUGGGUAUAGUCUUGUUAUUUGACGCAAAAUAUGAAAUGGUCCGUUGAGUCCACAGUGCCCAACUAAAAUCAUGAUAAAUACAGAUCUUCCUUGCGUAAUACAUUUGAAUGAUAAUUAAGGAAUGUGAAUUGAGAUUUUGAAGAAAUAAAUGCAAAUGAGUACGGCAAAUUCUUCAACAUGGAAAACCUUAAAGCUGUCAAUAUAGAAUGAAAGUUCAUUGGAACACAAUGGCCAAUUAAUA